CCUGACACGAACCAUUCCCGCGCCUUCCCUGAUGGCGAUACGAUCUGGACCGCAUGAAUCAUCCUUCCCUUCAUUCUGCACCGUCGGAUCAUUUUCUUUCCCAGUCACACUCUCUCUCUAAGCUUUUAUGGGGAUCACUUGUCUCUUUUCGGAUCUUCACUUUGCUGAUUCACUCUUCUUCUUCAACUGAUUUUUGGCUGCUCUCUUCUUCGUCUUCUCCUUCACCGACUUGCGUCGGUUCUGCAUUUUCUCUCUUUCGCCGUUUGAGGAAGUCAUCAAGAGCUAUGUGGUAGAUUCAACGGUUAUAAGUGAAUCAAUUUUACUAUCUACAAAUGGAAUGCCGUGAUGAGCACGAGCUUGUCAAGUAUAUGUCGAAGCUACCGGUUUUCUUGGAGAGAGCUGAAACCCCUCAGGAGAAGCUCUUGAGCGUUGGUGUUCUUGACUGGCGCCGUUUGGAGAAGUGGCAGCUUAGUCAUCAUAACCGGAUUCCGGUUAAGACUAGAUUCCCUUCGGUUUCGCAUACAGAUGCUUCACUGUUUCUGCCUAGAGACGAGUCAUCUGCUGGUCCGAGCAAUGUGCAUUAUCGAAUGAAACAUCGUAGCUCACGGCACUCUAGUCUGAUUGAAGGAGAUGUAAAAGAGUGUCGAGAGAUCAAAGGUACACGGAAAAAGAAACCUAAAGACCACGGAUGUUACAGCAUACCAUAUGAGAAGCUUGGUCCGAACACUGAUGCGCGAGAUGGAUGUGAGAAGAAGGAUCUGAAAGGGAAGGUCUGCCUCAAAUCUGGAUUGAAUCCUGAGGCUGGCGUGAACGUGGAGGUCAAAUCUAAGGGUGAUGGUAAUAGACGUAACAAGAGCGAUAAGAAGUUAAGCGAAAGAAACGGAGAUGGUCACGAUGGGGAGCUUGGUCGGAAGAAGCAGCAGGGGGAAACCAAGCUCUGUCACUCGACAAAGAAGCUAGCUCGAGAAGAGGCUAAGACAUGCAAGAGGAGUUCGACUAAAAAUGACAGGGUAGUUCAUGAUGUUGAAGUAGAUCACUGUACUCAACAUUCUUGCCCCUUGCCAUGUAAAGAAACUGGCUACAAUGAUGCGGAAGCGAACAAGGUUUCAGUUGAAAUAUCUCAGUGCGUGACACUCUCAACAAAAGCAAGGAAUACAUCUUCCAGAGGUAAAAUCACAGAAGACAGAGCAUCGUCUUUGUUAUCUGUGAAACCUUGUAUUGAUGAGCCUGCCCAGAGACAAGAUUCGAAGUCGCAUAAAGAGGUAUCUGAAAAGGGGAGAAGUAUAUCGCCUUUUCAGAGGCUUAGCUUCAGUAUGGGUAAGACCAGCAAAACUAACAGAGAAGGAGUUUAUGUUCACACAACGCAGCCAGACUCAAAGGCUAACUCCACAAAGAUUGGUUCACAGAACUUGGCUCUUUUAUCUGACUUCGACGGCUCAGACUGCAAAAAGCCCAGCGAAAAAGAUACAACCACAAGCAGCCAUUUGAGAAGGUUUCUAGAACCUCUACUUAAGCCAAGAGCAACUCACUCUGGUAAUUCCGUGGAGGGGCUUAGAGGUCAAGGCGUUCAAAGAAUAAAAUUGGGUAUCACGGGUUGCAAAACAGUAAACGUCAAUGAUUCAGCUCACGAGAAGAAGCUAGGAUCAUCCAUGGUUCGAGCUGUUCUGCGGGUAACGGUUAAGAACAAUCAGCCACUCUUUACAUUUGCAGUGAACAAAGAGACCGACAUCAUUGCGGCCACCCAAAAGAAAAUGGGAAGCUCGGAUGAGGGAGAAUGUACGAGUGUGUAUACUUUCUUCUCUAUCAAAGACCAUAAGAGAAACAGUGCAUGGUUAAACCAAAGAGGCAGAGGCCAAACGCAUGGUAUCAUCUCUAACGUUGUUGCUCAGAUGCGGGUCUCGAGCUCUCUGCCAUCUGGUUCCAUCAGAGAGUUUGUUCUCUUCUCUGUAGAACUCGAUCAAGAGAGCACGGAAAAGUCUGACCUGCAGUUGAAAAACGAGCUGGCUGCGAUCAUCGUGAAGAUGCCGAGAUGGUUUAACAGGAGGGCAUCACAAAACAUGGUUCAUGAUCACAAUGCAGUCGACAAAGAACUUGAGGAUCACAUCAAAGACAGGGUUUUUGACCAAGACAUUAGUGCUACUGUCAUACUUCAAAGCGGUGUUCAUAGUAUGCCUCACAAAGGAGGGCCAUCGUCUUUGAUCCAGCGAUGGAGAACAGGUGGGUCCUGCGACUGUGGAGGUUGGGAUAUGGGCUGCAAUCUCAGAAUACUUACGAAUCAGCACAACUUCUCCUGCAAGAAUUCAACAACGUCAAACUCACCACCUUCUUCAAACCCAUUCGAGCUUUUCUUUCUGGGAGAAGAAGCGGAAGAACAUCCGUUCUUGAGCUUUAAACCAAUCAAGGAAGGGAUAUAUUCAGUUGUGUAUGAUACAUCCCUUACACAACUACAAGCUUUCUCCAUAUGUAUGGCACUUGCAGAGAGUAGGAAAAUGUCAGAGAUCAGCCUUGAGCGCAAAAGCUCUUGUGAUGAACAUAAAGCUCAAGAUCUAAAGCCUAAUGACAAUACCGUUGGGUAUCAACGGCCCAUCUCGCCUGUCGGGCGGGUCUGAAGUUUUUAUUUUUACUUCAAACCCAAUUUUUACUUACAGGUAAUGUGAUCAUAUUAUUAGUGAGUUAGUGUUUUAGCCUAAGGUAAAAACUGUUGCAGGAAAUAAGGAAGCAGCUAGAUCUCUCUUUAAAGUAGUUAGUCUAAUGGUGUAUCCAGCAAAGAAAUGAUCUUCCCAAAUCUUUUAAGUGUGAAUAUUAUUAUAGCUUAUAUCUAUAUAUAUAAUGUUGAUCUGCUUUCAAGCCGUGAAAAUCUUUGGUUUCUGAAACUUUAAAAGCCGGAAUCUGAUAGUCGA